UAUUGAGCGAUAAAGUACUGUGCGCCUUUUUACAUUUACCUUAAAGGGGAGAGUUCCAUAUUAGUGAGCACUAAAAUAACAAAAAGGUUGCAGAAGAAAAAGACUGUCUACAAGUACUUGUGUUAAGCAGUUUAUUGGUUAGCAAGCUAGUUCAGGAACCUGCUGACAUAACCCAAUAGAAUCCUUUUCAACCACAGUCCGUUCUUAGAGCUGAAUGAAGAUGUCUCUGAGCUCAACAGUUACAGAAUGGCUGGACAUUCCAAGUACUUUAGUUUUUAUUUGCAUUUUCCUUUUGCUUACAAACUUGAUCAAAAACAAAGCUCCGAAGAAUUUCCCCCCUGGACCUUUUUAUCUGCCUUUCAUUGGAGACUUACACCGUCUUGAUUCUUCAAGACUUCAUCUUCAAUUUGAUGAGUUCUCUAAGAAAUAUGGAAAGAUUUUCAGCCUCCGUAUAGGACAACCAUGGGUCAUUGUGAACGGACAUAAGCUUGUGAAAGAGGCCUUGGUUCAAAAUGGUGAAAACUUUGCAGACCGGCCGUCAAUACCCUUAAUUGAUGAUCUUAUUGGAAACCAAGGUAUUGUCAUGUCUAAUGGAAAUAAGUGGAAACAACAGAGGAGGUUUGCCCUCUCCACUCUGAGGAACUUUGGACUGGGCAAAAAGACCUUGGAGCCUUCCAUUCAAACCGAAUGCCAAUGUUUGAAUGAGGCAAUAAUGGGUGAAAAAGGUAAACCAUUUAACCCCCAGUUCCUAAUGAACAACGCUGUCUCAAACGUGAUUUGCUGCCUGGUGUUUGGGGACCGGUUUGAGUACAGUGACGGGGAGUUCCAAACCCUCCUGAAGAUCAUGAAUAAGGCAAUUCAGUUGGAAGGAUCCAUAUGGGCUCUGCUGUACAACUUGUUUCCUGCCGUCAUGAGACGAGUCCCUGGACCGCACCAGAAUAUCUUUAGCCACUGGAAGAAGGUCAUCGCCUUCAUAAAGAUUAAGAUUGAGGAGCACAGUGAGGGCUACGACCCGUCCUGUCCCAGGGACUUCAUCGACUGUUUUGUGAAGGAGAUUGAGAAGUUCAAGGAUGACUCCGAGUCUGGGUUCGACUUAGACAAUUUGAUUUAUUGCACUCUGGAUCUGUUUGUGGCUGGGACAGAGACCACCUCCACUACUUUGUACUGGGGACUGCUCUAUAUGAUCAAAUACCCAGAAAUUCAAGAAAAGGUCCAGAGAGAGAUCACCGCUGUGGUUGGCUCGUCACGCCCAGUCUCCGUGGCAGACAGGGACAACAUGCCCUACACGGAUGCAGUCAUCCACGAGAUCCAGAGAAUAGGAAAUAUCGUACCCCUCAAUUUAUCUCGCAUGGCCACCAAGGACACUCAGCUGGGUGGAUACACCAUCCCAAAGGGCACCUUGGUGGCGGGCACCCUCACAUCCGUCCUGUUCGAUGAAAGCGAGUGGGAGACCCCCAAUACGUUCAACCCGGGACACUUCCUGGAUGCAGACGGCAAAUUCAGACGAAGAGAUGCCUUCCUCCCAUUUUCAGCAGGGAAGAGAGUGUGCCCGGGGGAACAGCUGGCAAGGAUGGAGCUUUUCCUCUUCUUCACCUCCCUCCUCCAGGAGUUCACCUUUUCCGCUCCUCCCGGCACCACUCCAAGCUUGGAAUAUCAGAUAGGUGCCACACAUGGGCCCAUGCCCUACCAGCUGUGCGCUGCCUCACGCUGCAACUAAGUCACACCUUAAAAAUGACAGUCCCCUGGCAGGCCUAACAGGAAGAUUGAAAAUGGCAGUUUUGUGCACUUAGCAUUCGGAGGGUAUUGUUGUUGUCGGAUGAGGUGAAUGUGUUGCUAUUUGUAUUGCUGUGGUACAGGAAGCGCAAGGCUCAAACAUAAUGUAUAGAUUACACAGACUGAUAUGAAUGGUCUGUCAUCAUAAUCUUGUUGUAGGGUAGAAAUCAACUAUGAAACACCACGUUAUGUGAGCACAGUCAAUAUGGGGUUUUACAAGAGCAUAUCUCAUUUAACUGUAAGUGUAACUGCAACAUGUUAAAUAAAGUUGAAAAAAACUAC